AGGAACUUCCUCUUCCGGCUGACCCAGGGGAGGAUGAUGGCGUCGGCGGAGCCUCUUGUGCUGCUUGGAGGGUCGAAGCGGCUCCUGGGAGGGAAAAGGGGAUCAGAAGUAAUUAAGGCCUCCUCAUGAACCCAAGAAUAUCAGUGUUGGAAAAAACCCACAGACUGCCUGUUGCUGAAAAAACACAGAUUGCACAUCACAGCUGAUUAUGCACAAAAGGACCCACUCCUCCAAAACCCAUACAAAUGUUUGGAGUGUGACAAAAGCGUUACUCAGAGUAGGACUCUCGUAAUUCAUGGAGUGGCUGAUGCAGGAGGAGCAGCUCCACCAGUGUUCCCAGUGUGGCAAAAGAUUUAGCACGCACACCAGUCUGGUGACGCACAAGAGGACUCACACUGUGCAGAAACGCUUUGAAUGUGUUUAUUGUGUGAAAAGCUUUACUCGGAAUUCUGACCUGGUGAGACACCAGAGAACUCACACAGGAGAGAAACCAUAUGUGUGUUUGUAUUGUGGGAAAAGUUUCAGUCAGAAUUCCAACUUGGUGGUACACCAGAGAACUCACACAGGAGAGAAGCCAUAUGAGUGUCUGUAUUGUGAGGAAAGUUUCAGUCAGAAUUCCUACCUAGUGAUACACCAGAAAACUCACACAGAAGAGGAACUGUAUCAGGCUUUAGAUUUUGGAAACAUUUUCAACUGCAAUUCUGAUCCAGUGAUAGAUCAAAGUAUUAACAUAGGUGAAAAACUAUAUGAGUGUCUGGAGUGUGGGAAAAGUUUCAUUCAAAAUUCCAACCUUGUGCGACAUCAGAGGAUUCACACAGGAGAGAAACCAUAUAAAUGUCAAGAUUGUGGGAAAGGUUUCAGUUGUAAUUCUUUUCUCAUGGAGCAUCAGAGGACUCACACAGGAGAGAAACCAUACAAGUGUUCUGAUUGUGGGAAAGAAUUCUCUCGGAAGUCUAGCCUAGUGAAACACCAGAGGUCUCACAUGGGAGAAAAACCAUAUGAGUGUCUGUUUUGUGGGAAAGGUUUCAGUUGGAAUUCUCUCCUGGUGGAACAUCAAAGGACUCACACAGGAGAGAAACCAUACGAGUGUCCUGAUUGUAGGAAAGAUUUCUCUCGGAAAUCUGAGCUAGUAAAACACCAGAAGAGACACAUGGAAGAGAAACUGUAUGAGUGUUCAGAUUGUGGAAAAGGUUUCAAGUGCAAUUCUGAUCUCGUGAUACACCAAAGGAUUCACACAGGUGAAAGACCAUAUGCAUGUCUGCAGUGUGGGAAGAGUUUCAUUCAAAAUGCUCUUCUUGUACGACAUCAGAGGACUCAUGCAGGAGAGAAACCAUAUAAGUGUCCAGACUGUGGGAAAAGUUUCAGUCAGAAUUCCGAUCUGGUGAUACACCAGAGGACUCACACACAAGAGAAACCAUAUGAAUGUUCAGAUUGUGGGAAAGGUUUCAUUUGCAAUUCUGACCUGGUAAAACAUCAGAAAACUCACAAAGGAGAAAAACCAUAUUUGUGUCCAAUUUGUGGGGAAAGGUUCAGCCAGAACUCUGACUUGGUGAAACACUGGAGGACUCACACUGGAGAAAAACUAUGAAUGUCAGUAUUGUGGGAAAGAUUACAGUACUAGCUCUAGCCUUAUAAAUCAUGUAAUCUUACACAUAGGGGGGUAACCAUUCAAUUGGCUAGAUUGCAGACAGUGUUUCACGCAAUGUUUCUCC